UGCCCAGGAAGGGGAGACCAGGCUGGUGGGAGCAGAGAGGGAAGAUGUCUGAAGUCACCGCAGAGAAGCAGCCCCUGGCUGAAGCGCUCUCCCAGGAGACCCCAGCGCGGCCCACGCUCCCUGCCAAGCAGGAGGCGGCCCCCUCCCGGACGCGGCACCCCAGCUCUGACUCGGAGCCCAUCUGCGUGGAGGACGAACCUGCCCAGCCCAGCCCCGAGGGAAAGGUCAAGGCCUCAGGCAGCAGCAGCCCCGUCUAUCGCCUGGGUUCCAACCAGUGCUUCCACUGCCUGAUCACCUUCCCGGACGAGAAGUUCAAGGAGCGGCACAUGAAGCGGGAGCACCCCGAGGACUUUGUGCAGGAGAAUCUGCAGGACGCUCUCUUUGUCUGCUUCAUCUGCAGCAAGGAGCCCUGA